AUGAUAAAGGGCGAGACUAUUGACAUCACCGCUAUUGACAGCCAUGAGGUUGGUCUGAAGCUCGCUUCUGGAGUGCCAUAUCACCUCCAACCGGAUAUCGUACUCAAGCUUGAUGACCCAGAAACUAUUCAGAAGAUCUCGGAUUUCACUGACGGAAUUGGUCCCAAAGCUACCGUUGUAUGCACCAGCGACGAUACUGCCAAUGACUGGGCUGCUCAACGCUUGCGACCAAGAGGAAUAUUAGUGGCUGCUGGCUUUCCUGAGUAUGGCCUCAAAUUCGACCCUAUGAAUCUCAUCUUGAGAGAAAUUUUCGUCAAGGGAACAGUCCAUGGUAGCAUGGAUGAGACUCGAGAGAUGAUGGGAUUUGUAGUCCAGCACGGAAUAUGCAGUCAUUUGACCUUGCUCACGAUGGAGGAGGCAGAAUAUAUCGAGGCCAAGUCAGAAGCUCAGGCUUUCAUGGGCCGCCCGUUGUCAAGAUUGGAAUGCACUGCAUGGAUUUAG